CACAGCCAGCGACGACGGUACUGUCUGUCUUCUGCACUCUGUUUUGAUCAGUUCGUUUAUUGUUGUUACGCUGAGCCACAGGAACCGCAUCAUUUACUAUAUCAUACCAUAAUCAUAUUAAUUUAUAAACAUGGCGGCCAGUAACGGUGAUUCUAAAAUGUCUCAACAAGGACCCGCCUUCGAUUCGAAUGCCAUGACGCUGACGCGUUUUGUGCUGCAGGAACAGCGUAAGUUCAAGGAAGCAACUGGCGAUCUUUCCCAGCUGCUCAAUUGCAUACAGACCGCGAUAAAGGCAACAGCUUCAGCUGUGCGCAAGGCUGGCAUUGCCAAGUUGCAUGGCAUUGCUGGUGAUGUGAAUGUGCAGGGCGAGGAGGUGAAGAAAUUGGAUGUGCUGUCCAAUAGCAUCAAUCAAAUGCUGAAAUCCUCAUAUACACCUGUUCUGAUGUGCCAGAAAUAUCCAGGUUAUUGAUUGAAACAGAGCGUCCAGAAGGUUCAUGAAAGUAAAGUUUGAACAAUAUAUAAAUUUUUUUACAGGCAAAAUCAUAGUUUUGGAUCCUCUUACGCCCUCCAACAUACUGUCUUUUCCCAAACUUGGCUCAUUUUUGCCAUUUAUCGCAAGCGCAGCAGUGGUGUGCCCACUGUGCAGGAUGCACUGCAGCCAGGUAACCAAUUGGUAGCCGCCGGCUACGCGCUUUAUGGUUCUGCUACAGCCAUUGUGCUGGGUCUGGGCAGCAGUGUUAAUGGUUUCACUUACGAUCCUGCUAUUGGUGAGUUUAUCCUCACGGAACCCAAUAUGCGUGUACCUGAGAAGGGCAAAAUCUAUUCCAUCAAUGAGGGCUAUGCCAGCGACUGGGAGGCGGGUGUCUUCAACUAUGUUGCCGCCAAGAAAGAUCCAACCAAGGGCAAACCCUAUGGUGCUCGCUAUGUGGGCUCUAUGGUUGCCGAUGUGCAUCGCACCAUCAAAUACGGUGGAAUUUUCAUUUAUCCCGCCACCAAGUCUGCGCCCAAUGGCAAGCUGCGUCUGCUCUACGAAUGCAAUCCCAUGGCCUAUUUGAUGAUCCUAGCUGGUGGCCUGGCUAGCGAUGGCAAGAUUAGUAUUCUUGAUAUUGUGCCACAGAAGAUACACGAACGUAGUCCCAUCUUUUUGGGUUCAAAGGCUGAUGUGGAGGAGGCUCUCAGCUAUCUAAAGUGAUUUGUACGUUUUUUAAGACAAUAAAGCAAUGUUUUUUAUGUAUUUUAAAUGA